AUGUCAAUAAUUCAGGCCAGGUGUAUUGGCAAUUUGACCCGAAGGUCAAUCGUCAAUGUCAUGUCUCGGAGAUUUCAGUCUCUUGGGCCCAACCCUCAAGAGGUAUAUACCAAAAUUUCCGAUACCAAAGAUCCCAAAAGAGACAAGUUUUUCCAAUAUUCAUGGGGUUCCUGGCUCAAGGAUAACGAAAAGCAACGUGCAAAGAGAACCACAAGGUUUUCCAUCGAGGGAGCUACUAAAUUGAUAGCAAACUUGAUCAAGGAAAAAAGUGAUGGAACAGUAAAAAGCCCUAUAUCGAAAAACGGUUCGUCGAUUUUAUCUCACAAUAUUUUGCUGAAAACUAUAGGAAACGAUACCAAUGUCACUAUAAAGUCCAUUUCGAGUAUCCACGAAGGAAAGCACCAUCGUGUGUACAAAAUUCUGUUAUCUUCAGACAAGCAACUUGUAUUAAGAUUGCCUUAUAGGCUUGAAUCCGAUGUGGCUAUCCUGCAAAAAAUCAAGAGCGAGGUUGCUACAAUGGAUUUUCUUGAUUUGAAACUUAAGCUUAAUGUUCCCAAAGUUCUCGCAUAUGGUCCUGAUCGUUCUAAUGAUCUCGAACAUCCAUUCAUCUUGAUGGAAUAUAUCGAGGGAGACUUGUUAAUGAAGCAAUGGGAGCCCAUGUCAAAAGACGAGGAAACGGUGAAAAGUGUUAUAACCCCAAUUGCUGAUUUCCAUCUGAAGGUGAUUUCUGUCGAGUUUAACAAGUUUGGUUCUCUUUACUUUGAUAAGGAUGUGGCAUCGGAACACAGACUUGAUGCUGCAUACGAGGGAGAAGAAAAUGAAUCUUUGUCUGGUAGAUGGAGAAUUGGUCCCAGCGUAGAGAAGCCAUUUUCCAAAAGAAAGAACAAACUUUCUGCAAAAACUGUGGCACAACAUAAUGGACCAUGGAAGGCAGAUGAACCAUUGCAAUUGAUCACUUCGGUUACAGAGAUUGAGCUUGAAAACUUGAAAAAUAGACUUGCGCUUUCCCAGGCAGAUGCUGGAAGCGACUUGGAAAACCAGGAAAACCUUAAGAAACAAAUCACCACUUUCGAGCAUCUCAAAGUGAUGGGCCCCAAAUUAUUGAAUCCUAAAUCCAAGUCUAUCAUGAACGCAGAGGAAUUGUUCAAGCCUAGAUUGUAUGUUCCUGAUCUUGAUCCAAUGAAUGCAAUUAUCAAUGUCAACAGAGACAACGAGCCUUAUUUCUUGGACUUUGAAUAUUCCACGAUCAAGCCAUUUAUUCUUUCCAACUACCCACCAUUUGUGGCAUAUCAUGGAGCCAAGGUAUACGACUUGGAAAAUGAUAUUCCUGGUUAUGCUGACAUGGAUGAGGUUGAAAAGCAGCAAUAUGAAUUCAUGUUUUACAAGACUAGAAACGAGCGUAUUUGGGAGAACGAUUUGAACUCUAGAAGACACGACUUGAUAGCCGUGGCCUCUCCCCACAUCAAGGUACUUCGGUCUCCAUAUACUCAAGUUUUGGAGUACAGAAACGACCAGGAUUAUCUUUAUGUUGAGGCCUGUAUUGUGCAAUUACAGGCCAUGUGGGAGGCAUAUGUUGCAAAUGAGUUAUGCAACAGUUCCGACGCAAAAUUCCCCAUUGAGUAUUCCAAAGAGUACUUGGAUAAGCACACGCAAGCUCUCAACCAGUAUCAGGCCGAUAUCGUUUCGACUCCAUUUGCAGCCACUGAUGGUUGGGUUCCACAAGACAUGUUUGAUCAGCUUCUCGAGCAAGGAAUUUUAGUGGAGGAAAAUGGAGAAUACAAGGUGGCCACGGAAAAGGUAUUGAAGCCAGAAGAAGGUGAAACCCAAUAG